CAAUUUGACAUUUGUCGGACUUGCCAAAAUGACGACUGCUAUCAGCGGCUUACGUUUAAUUUUCCAAUAAACACGCAAAAUUAUUGCAAUUUUGUUGUAAUUAUUAACAUUAUUUAUAAGAAUAAAUGUUAAUUAGUCUAUAGUGCGUUGAUUUUACUAACACAACAUUAAAUAUGGAUCUCCACCGGCCCGUUGAUCCGAACAAGACUUACGAGGAACUAACAUCUGAAGAAAAACUGAGAUAUGAUCAUCAGAGGCUGCACGAGCUGCAUAAGGGACAUGAGGGCAUGCACACCACCAUGAUCCUGAUUCUCAUCGGGACCCUCAUUGUGGCACAAAUCAUAGUCGUUGAGUGGAAGAAGCGGCAUUAUAGGUCUUAUGCGUUCUUCACAAUGAUAGCGAUGUGGUGCAUACCGCUAAUCAUGAGCGCUCGGAGCCACUGGUGGCGGUUCGUCAUCAUCUGGAGCAUAUUCACAUUACUAACAGGGCUUGUGAUGAGAAAGAGCUCUGUUAAACCCAUGAGCGCUACUACCCCUAGACUAGUGUACAAAUGGUUUUACCUAAUCUACAAAAUUAGCUGUUGUAUCGGCGUGAUCGGAUAUGUUAUUAUGAUGCUCACUUUCCUCGGAGUGAAUCUACUGUUCGGUGCUAAACCUCAGUCGUGGAUGGACGUGGGUAUGGUGCUUCUAUUCUACGGGCUGUAUUUCGGCGUGCUGGGCCGCGACGUGGCUGAGUACUGCGCGGACAAGAUGGCGGCCUCUAUUGGGUAUUACACACAAGAAGGCAUACCGACGCGGCAGCUGGAAAGCGACGUGUGUGCUGUAUGCGGGGACAAACUUUUAGUAGCUGUUAAUGAGGAGGGCGUUAUAGAGAACACGUACAAGUUGUCGUGCGGGCACGUGUUCCACGAGUUCUGCAUCCGCGGCUGGUGCAUCGUGGGCAAGAAGCAGACCUGCCCGUACUGCCGCGAGCGCGUCGACCUCAAGCGGAUGUUCACCAACCCUUGGGACCGGCCGCACCUCCUCUACGGGCAGCUACUUGAUUGGCUGCGCUGGCUGGUUGCCUGGCAACCACUCGUCAUGUUCCUCGCGCAGGGCAUCAACUGGCUCCUCGGGUUGGAGUGAGAUACCAACACUUUCUACCUCACUUUCACAUGCCUUGAUAACUAAGCUUGUGUGCGUCUUGCGGUCAAUAACGUACGUUUGUGGAUAAAAGACACCGCGUUGUCAGUUGUAAAUAAGGACUACUUCUAUUUAUAUCUUCAAACUUUUUUAACCCGUCGAACGACCACCAUAAAAUAAAUUGAUGCAAAGCAAUUUGACCCAUAUUGAUCUGAAGUAACACGUCUGAUACUGUCGCUACGACCCAAAUUGAGUUAGUAUCACACGUGUGAUAUUAGGGCGCUCCACGAGUGGCCUAUAGUCUACAUACUUUUUUUGACAACUGUCAAAGUGGUAAUUAUUGGUCGAAAUCGACACCGAGUAAGCAUUAAAACUGGCUCAUACUAAAUUACAGACAGAUUAGUGAAGACUUAUCAAAUUUUAUUCAAACAUGAGUUUCUUUUAGCACGGUUUUAAUAGGGAAUAUUACACAAAACUCUGCGUAGAGGGCGUCACUAGGUCAAUCACAUGGCCUACCGUGAAAUACGACAAUCGAAAAUUCGGUUUCUGCGUCUCUAUCAUUUUUGCCUAUUCGAUCGAUAGAGAGGCAGAUAAAGAAAUUUCGAUUUUCGCGUUUCUCGGUAGGCCACCUGUAAACAAACCGCCUUGAUGCAUCAAUGUCAUAGUGAAAGCUUGUCAAAUUUAAGGCGUAGUAUAUAUAAGUUACUCUAUGGUUUACUAAACUAAUUAGUGCUGCACUCUGGCGGCAGAACAUUGCAGUAAUACUCCCUAUUGCUAUCCUUCACUUAAGAAAAAUGUAUGGGCGCGGUAGAACUCUCGUAUAUUGGAGGUAUCUAGUAAAGUCUGUGCACGAGCUCUGAGGAAGCGCAGGGGAUAUCCACCUGUCUCCUACGUGCCCGCAGUUGUUGCGCGGCCCAGGGUAUGCGUAUAUGACUCGAGUAUCGUGGUAUAUGAGUCCUUUCAACCCGAAAAUUUUCGGGGUUCGAGCGCAGACUGUUAACUGUACAUUGUUAGACCUUAUGCCUUUUGUAAUAAGGUCCACCGAUGUACAGUUAGGGUUGCUGUUUGGACAUGUAUUGCUGACGUUUUAUAUUGGUGGAUUUUAAUGAACGUACGUUAUAAUGGACUGUAAGAACUUUUAGCUGACAAGUUUCAACCGUCGUUCAACCUUUGGUAUAGGUACCACUCUUUUUCUUUUGUUAAAAGUACAAUACAUACAGAUUAUUGAGAUUAUAACUUUCUUCAGCUUUAAAAUGGUAAGAAGGUUCCACGGGAAGCUGUUCUUACAUUAAGA